AUGAAAAACUCCUAUGAUCCUUCCAUUACAGAAUUUCUGAACAAGUUCCUGGAUAACAAGCUUGGAAGUUUUCUUAUUGAUGAUAUUGACAUUGAGGAUCGUGAUGAUAUUGAUUGUGACCUUGAUACGAGCCAUAAUGGUUCGGCAUUCGCCUGUGCCUUCUUUACCCAAAACUCUGAAGUAAGUUACUUUUUCGGGGUUGCCAUCGUUCAGACUGACUCGUAUUCUACUAUCGACAGCAGCAUGCCUCCGGCGGUGGUGUGGUCCGCUAAUCGGGACCGUCCUGUUGGAGCCCAGGCCACCGUGGAGCUCACAGGAGGAGGAGAUUUGGUAUUGAAAGAUACCGGGUCCAUCGUGUGGUCAACCCAAACUGAUGAUACCGGAAGCCUUGUGCUGUUCGAUGAGAACAACAAUGCGGUGUGGCAGUCCUUUGAUCAACCUGCGAACACGCUUCUCCCGGGACAAAACUUGAGGGUCGGGCAGAAAUUGACCACUAGUUAUUCCGCGACAAACAUGAGCGAAUAUGGUUUACUUUCGGUUUCUUUGACUGCUGAUGGUUUAUUUGCUCAGAUGGAGACUAACCCUCCGCAGUACUUGAGGCUUGAAUCUGAUGGACAUAUGAGGGUGUAUCAGCAGAAUCAAAAUGAGUGGAUCGUGGCACAUGACGUUCUAACAGACAUCGUUGGGGACUGCGGUGAUCCCAUGGUUUGUGGGAAUUACGGAAUUUGUACUGGACUUGGGAAGUGCAGUUGUCCGGAUCCGUACUUCAAGCCAAGAGUUGAUACAGACCCUGGAGCCGGGUGCUCCGAAACAAUUCCUUUGACUUGCGAAGCUUCGCAAUCUCUGAGCUUUUUGGAUUACGGGGUGAUUGCUUACUUCACCGGCAGGGCGGACACCCCCAUAUUUGAUGGCCGCCAUAACAUUUCAGGUUCAUGCUACUUGGUAUCUCAGGUAUUUUCGAUUACAAACUUGGGAGAUUCGGUUCCGCAUUGGAUAAUUUCUAUUAAAGUGCAGAAUCCCCUGAGUGAAACUCAAAUUCCUCACAUUCCAAGCGAACCUCCUGUUUCUUCUCCCAGUAUAAAUGAACCUCCUGUUCCUCCGAACGGUAAAAGGGCAAAGGCCGUUCCGACUGUAAUAAUCACUUCUAGCCUCAGAUCACUCUUAGCCUUCAUCUUACUAGUCGUCGUUAUAAAAUGCCGUUUUAGAAACAAAGGCGUCGACGGGGUCGAAGAGGACUAUCUUGAUCACAUUCCUGGAGCACCUAAGAGAUUCACCUAUGAUGAUUUAAAAGCAAUUACCGAGGAUUUCAAUAAGAGGCUCGGGGAGGGUGGAUUUAGCGUUGUUUAUCAAGGCACUCUAGCUAACGGCACGAAGGUCGCUGUGAAGCACCUCAAUGGUUUGUGUCAAUCUAAGAAAUCUUUUCUUGCCGAGGUUGAGAGCAUUGGCAAUAUCCAUCACGUAAACUUGGUACAACUCAUUGGAUUUUGUGCGGAGAACUGUCAUAGGCUGCUUGUCUAUGAAUACAUGUCCAAAGGGUCCUUAGAUAAAUGGAUCUUUCAUGGAUUAGACGAGUCAUUCGUGCUCGAUUGGCAACAGAAGAGGAAGAUCAUUUGUGAUAUGGCCAAGGGCCUAUGUUAUCUCCAUGAAGAAUGUAGAUGGAAAAUCGUCCACAUGGACAUUAAGCCCCAAAAUAUUCUCUUGGACGAAAAUUUCAAUGCUAAGGUUGCAGAUUUUGGCUUGUCUAAGCUAGUCGAUAAGGACCAAAGCCAAAUUGUGACCACAAUGAGGGGAACCCCAGGCUAUUUGGCCCCAGAAUGGCUACACACAGCAAUUACUGAGAAAGUGGACAUCUAUAGUUUCGGUGUGGUAAUCCUAGAGAUUGUCUGUGGAAGGAAAGUUUUCGACGAAUCUCAGGAUCAGGAAGACAUGUACCUACUAGGAGUUUUAAAGAGAAAGGUGGAAGAAGGACGGAUAUUGGAUAUGAUUGAUAAGAAUAGUGAGGAUAUGCAACUGAACGGACCUCAUGUGGUCGACAUGAUGAGGCUUGCCGCGUGGUGCUUGCAAGUCGAUUUCAAAAAAAGACCUUCCAUGUCGACGGUCAUCAAAGUCCUGGAAAGAGUGAUCGAAGUCCCAGAUGACCUGGAUUAUAACUCCCAGAUGACCUGGAUUAUAACUUCUCAUAUCCUGUCAGGACAAAUGUUGGUGUGA